CGCUGGAGAGGGAGCGAGAGAGAGAGAGAGAGUUUACAAACUUUCCGUCGGGACAGAAACUCAGUGAGGGCACGCGCAAGGGAAAAAUCUCCGAAAACUUUCUUCUACGGGCCAGUAUGACAUCGACUUUUUCUCUUUUAUGACAACUUUUUAAAGACUUUUAAAAACUUUUCAGCGAGCCGAAACAACUUUUACCAAAGAAAGAAACCACGGGCCCGAAGUAAGGAAUUUUUCCCAGCAGUUUUCAGGACUUUGCUCGACGGUUGUCGUUACAUUUGUGGAAAUGACCAGUAACCCUGUGCAGCCGUUACCGGGCCAGCAGGUGAUUCAUGUGGCUAAAGACCCAAACACGGACCUCGAGGCGCUGUUUAACUCCGUCAUGAACCCGCAGCCAAGCUCGUGGAGAAACAAACAUCUGCCCGAAUCGUUCUUCAGAGAGCCAGACUCCGGCGCGCACUCGCGCCAGUCUAGCACGGACUCGAGCGGGCACCCGCCGCGGCUCCAAGCACAGCAUGUCCGCUCGAUCUCGUCGCCCGCGUUGCUGCAGCAGUCCGCGGGCGCGUUGAGUACCCCGACGCCCGCGCGUCUUCACGGGCACAUCCGUCACCAGUCGUUUGAUGUGUUGGAGGAUCAGCCGUUACCGGCGGGCUGGGAGAUGGCGUACACGGCCACGGGACAAAAAUAUUUCCUCAAUCAUGUUGAGAAGAUCACCACAUGGCACGACCCUCGAAAGAGCAGAACACCACCUGUCAAUCAGAUGAGUUUGCACAAUCAAACCUCCAAUAACAGCAAUGUUCAGCAACGUUCGAUGGCUCUGUCUCAACCUAACCUGGGACAGUUACCUGAGGGUUGGGAGCAGGCCGUCACUCCUCAGGGAGAAACGUACUUCAUUGACCACAAAACCCAAAGUACCUCAUGGCUGGACCCACGUAUGGUGAUGAAUCAGCAGGCCCAUCAGCAGAACCUGCAGCAACAGCCGCAGAGCUCUCAGUCUGCCAUGAUGAACAUGAGUGGAGCAAUCAGCGCCCAACAGCACCAGCAGAAGAUCAGACUGCAACGUAUUCAGAUUGAGCGCGAGCGCAUUCAGAGGAGACAAGAAGAGCUUAUGCGACAGGAGGCGGCGCUCCGGCAGCUCCCCAUGGAUUCUGAUAUGGCACCCGUGACGGCGUCUAUCGGCUCUCCGGCUAUGACACAGGGAAAUAUACCUAACAAUAGCUCAGAUCCUUUCCUCAACAGUGGGCCGUAUCACUCUCGGGAGCAGAGCACAGACAGCGGCCUCGGUCUGGGAUGUUACAGCAUCCCUACUACACCUGAGGAUUUUCUGAACAUAGAUGAGAUGGACACAGGUGAAAGCAUGGUGUCUGUCGGUAUGAACGUCCCUCAGCAGAACCGUUUCCCAGAUUUUCUGGACUCUAUGCCUGGCACCAACGUGGACCUUGGCACCCUGGAGGGUGCUGACCUCAUGCCCAUCCUGAAUGAUGUGGAGUCUGUCCUGAACAAAAGUGAACCGUUUCUCACCUGGCUCUAGAUUCACACCAAAGACAAAAGACUUUUAACACAUUUUAUAUAUAUAUAUAUUAUAUACACAAUCAGCUUCCUCCAUGAGACACAGAACAAAACUUACCAAAGUGUUUAGCCUGAGAACAAAUCAUCGAGCAUACAUCAAUUAAAGCUGUAGCAGAUGAAGAGGUUUCAUUUUGUAACUGAUGUAGAUAGAGUAAGAAUUAUAACUUUUGACAAUGCUAAAGUAGUGAGCUACCGAACAAUCUUUCAAUCAUGUUGAUAAGAGACUCUUGAAUGCUUGCUUUCAGUAAAUGUUACCUAAAAAGAGUUAAUCUCAUCAUGUCAGGUAAAAAAUUCUGAAUUAUUUUUAUUAGAAUAAGAAGAUGAAGCAUUAAUAUUUUGCAUGUAUAUUAUUUAAAUCAACAAGUAAACUCAAAAUACAAAUAAUGGGUAACACUUUACUUAAAGGGGUGUUCAUAAGACUGACACGACACCUUUAUAAUCAUGACAUGACACUUUUUUUUUUAAUGCAAAGAUGACAUUGUUUGAGAUUUGUUAUGACCAACUUGACAUAAACCAAAACAACAUAACUUGUCAUAAAUCUGUCAUAAACAUGACACAGCAGAAUAAUUAUCAAACUUAAGAAACGACUUUGCUUUAUGGGUUAAUAUCAUAUUCAACUGUCAUUUAAAUAUCAUUAAGUGAUAAUACUCUGUCAAAACAUUACCUAGACAAUUUUACCAGUGAUACAAAUUGAAUUUGUCUUUUAAAUGUCAUUAAUGGUUAAUACUCUGUCAAAUAAUUGUAAAUACCUUAACAAAAUGCAACAGACACAUCAAAAUAUUAUACUUAACUUUAUGUCUGUGCACAAUACAUAAAAAACUGAGAACUAACACAACUUGUUCUUCCUCAAACAGAGGGUUCAGAUUUUUUCUGAUAUAGAAGAAAAAACAAACAAUACAUUUAAUCAAUUAAUUUAAUGUAAUUAACUGUUUUUACGCUAUUUUUUGUGGUGUUUUUCAGGGAUAUAGACCCAACGCUGCAUGGCUUAACCCUUUAUUUUACUGUUUUCAUUUAAUUUUAGGUGAAUCGGUCUCUAUAAAAAUAUAAUUUUAUCAAUUUUAAAUAUUAUUUUUAUUAUUAUUAUUAUUAUUAUUAUUGAAUGAUUGAUUUUAUUUCUCUAACACCUGGAGAACACUUUAAAAACAUUAUGAAGAAUAUUCAUGACGUUAUGAGUAUUAACACUUAAUGAAAUUUUAAUGACAAAAUAUAUUUGUACCACGUAGUUGAGGUCAAGAAAAAUAUUCAUGACGCUGUUAUAAAACUAUUCGACAGAGUAUUAACACUUAAUGACAUUAUAAUGACAAAUUAUAUUUGUACCACCGUAGUUGAGGUCAAGAAAAAUAUUCGUGAUGCUGUUAUAAAACUAUUCAACAGAGUAUUAACACUUCAUGACAUUUUAAUGUCAAGUUGUCAUAAUGCUGCGUUUACACCAACCGCGUUUGAGGCGUCAAAAUCGCGUCUACCGCGGCUAGUUUGCCGCUUGAACAGUUUAAAUGCAUUCGCGCGCGUAGAGCGAAGUAGACGCGCGGAAAAAGCAAGCGUUUGACGCGUGUCAAGAGGCAAAAUCCGCUUCUUGUGGGAGGGGCAAGUGCUAUGCGGUUGUCUGUUUGCAAGAUGGCUGAUGUUGAUCGUGCAUUUAUUAAGAGAGUUACCGGUUUGUAUUUGGUAACCUUACUAUAGGGGGAAAAUAAACAGCGCGGGUCUAUAAACGUCACGUGACUCAAAAGUGAAAUGUGUAUUUACAACUUACCAGGUUGCCCAAUGUCCUCACUGACACUCUUCCAAGCGAGGUCCUUUUUAUUCCUGUCUCAUCUAUAGAAAUAAGAACUUGUGUCGUAUAGCUCCCGGUGACUGCUUACGGACAAUAUCAAGCGCUCCUUCAUGUUGAAUGAGUGACUCUGGGCGGGGCUGCAACAGCAGCAAGCAGGCUCCUUAUUGGGUAACGCUUCACGAAAAUCCGCCAAAGUUCAAAUUUUUCAUCUUGGGCGUCAGAUGCAAAUUCGCGUCUAAUGCAAAAUGCACAAAAAGACACCAUUCGCACGUAACGCGCCGUAUGCUUAAUUCGCGCAAACUAGAUGCACGAGUGAGGCGGAAUUGCGUCUACCGCGCCAAAUGCCUCAUUCGCGCUGCGAGACCUCCAGACGCGCGUCAACGCGUCUUCACAUUGACUUAACAUUGAAAUCACUGUCAUCUUUGCAUUAAAAUUGACAUAAAUUGUCUCAAAAUCUCCUUCAUGUGUCAUGUCAUGAUUAUAAAGGUGUCAUGUCAAUCUUAGGAACACCCCUUCAAGUAAAGUGUUACCAAAUGAUGUUUUACAUCUUUAAAUGUUAGUUUCAUUAAAUAGAACAAAGUGCACUACAGUAUUUUUCUGUACAUUACUGUAUUCUAAUAUUAUGAUUUGGGCUUAAACGUCAUGAAAAUAUUACGACGCAAAAAAUCUUAAGUGGUCAAACGAAAUCAUUCAUUUUUUAAUUUGUUGAUAAAGGUUUUUAUGGCUCAUUUAUAGGUAAUCCAAUAUACAUUAAACCAAAUGAAUAGCAGCUGUGUAAAUAUAAAUCACUUUAUAUCCAGCACUGAAAUAUUUCAGUUUUUUUAUUCACGUUUAUUCCAGUAUAGUUAUUGUUUCACAUAAACGUUUUAUAUCAUGUAUGUUUUUUAUGUACUACUACAGUAUUCUUGUUUGUAUACUGUAAAAGAACCAUUGAUGUUUGCUCUUGGUGCAUUUAUUUAGUUUGCAGUGUAGUAUUUAUCAAGAGCUAUGAACUUCUUUUAAUAUAGUUUAUAGAUUUUUUCAAAUGUUAAAUAAUGAAAGCACUACAGUACGGUGAGGAUUCAGCAAUACUGAUUUUGAUCUGAAGAUUGAAUUGAAACUCUGCUCACAUACCCAAUCUGAUGUUAAUGAAAGCAGUGUUAUGUUCAUCUGACAGGUGAAGAAUAUCCCAUAAUAUCUUUAGGGAUUAAAUACUUUCUAAUACAGCAGAUCAUUUGUUUUUUUUUUGAGAUUGUGAAACUGGAUUAUAUUGGGGCCAACACAUAGUUGUUGUUUUUUCUUUCUUUUAUAAGCCCAUCUGAAAUCCAGUUCUUUAUAUAUAUAUUACACAUAUAAAUGUUUUUAUUUUUAUUUCUACACAGGUCUAAUUUUUUUGUAUUGCAUGUUUGAUCUGUUGUGUGUAUAAACACCCCUUGCCAUGAUUUAUUUGUAUGGUUACUUUAUCAAUGGGGUAUAAGUAGAAAUGUGUGUUGGAUUUGAGGAUUGCAGAGAAAGUAAAGAAUGUUAAAAUGCGACUUUAGGUCAAAUUGAGCUUAUGACGUCUUUCGUAAGGACUGACCGGUUGAGUACCGGGUCGAUACAAGCUGUACUCGAACCCGUUUGACCUUCAGAGAUUUACAUCAUUGUGAUUUAGGAAGAGCCCACAUGAUGGAGCUGUUGGUUUCUUUAUAAAGCUGAGAUCUUUUGCAGUUACAUUUAAAUGAUUUUAUUUUCUAUUAUUAAAUACUAAUAUUACAGAAUUUGUAUCAUACAAAAUGAACUAAUGCUAAAAGAAAGACUAUAGACUAUCAAAGUUAUGUAGCACACUACACAUGGAGGCUUUUCGUAAGAUUACAGACUCUGUGAACGUCAUGCUGGAAAGAUAAAAAAAGAAAACAUAAUGGAGAAAUAUUCAAGUGGUGUAAUGUAUGUGAAAUGUAUGCAUUUGAGUUGUAACCUCUUUGAAACUGUCAGUAAAAUCAAAAAAGAAAUGAAUAAAAUGGUUUUAGCAUGAA